AUGUAUUCAAAAGCUCCACAACAUUCAAGUGCGAUCAAUCUAGGGAACAAAAAUGAUUAACUAAUUCAAUCGAAAAAAUAAUAGCCUUAUCAAUAACAAUCGUCUAAAGCUCCUAUUACAAUUAAAUAAGAACCUCCUCAACUUGCUUAGAAGCCAAUACAAAAUGUUGUUAGAGUAGCACAACAAUAACCACAAAAAGAAAUCAAUUUUUCUAGUCAAAGAUAGAAUAAUAAAAUAAAGAAUGAACCCAAAGAGGAGGAUUAUCAAAAUAGUUCUUAAAAAAAUUCAGAUUCAAAAAAUUAAUCUCUCAUCAACUAAUUAAGAGAAGAGAAAGAAUAGAGUUAACAAUUAUAAAGGGAGUUAAAACAAACUUAAGAUUAUUUGAAUUAAGUGAAUAAAGAAGUCGAGAAAAAAAUAAAACAAUCCUAAUAAGAUUUGGAGAAAAAACUGAAUGAUUUAAAAAAAGAAGGCGAAGAAGAAAAAAAGAAAACACAAACACUUACAGCUGAUGUCAAGAAACUAAAAGAUUAGUUAAAGAAUGCAGAAACAUAAACAUAAAAAAAAUUAGAUUAAUAAAAAAAAUAAUAUGAAAUCUAAAUGUAAGAAUUGGAAUAAGUGAUUCUGGAGAAAUAAUAGUAAAUUGAUGAAAUCGCUUAAGAGUUUUAGAAUUACAAUUUAGAAGAAAUCUAAGCAAAAAUGGAAGAAAUGGCGAAUGAUAUAAAUAUGAAGGAUUAAUUAAUUGAUUAAUUGUAGUCUUCAUUAUAAAAUGGGGAGGGAAAUCUUAGAGAUGAUUAAAAUCCAGAGAAAGAGGAUAUUGUAUAAGAAAUAUAAUAGAAGGAUCAAGAAAUUAAGAAGCUAGAAGAACUAAUUGAAAACUUCAAAUAAUUGUAUCAGCACAUGUUGGAUGAAAAAUAAGUGAUUAUGGAAGAGAAUGAAAAAUUAGCUAAUGAAAAUGAUUAAUUCAGAGAAAUUUUCAGUUAAAAUCUACAUUUGUUCGGAAUUGACCCUAAUCAAUUAGAAGAAGAAGGAGAAGGAGAGGGAGAGGAUAGAGAAGAAAGAGAGGAAGGAGAAGAUGGAGAAGAUGGGUAUCAAUAAGAGGAAGGUAUAUAUUUAAUCCAAUUAAUGAGAUAAUUGAGGAAGAUGAGACCAAUAAGGGGUUUUGAUAUUUAAAAAGAUCAUUUUCCAAAUAUCACAUAAAAUUCAUCUUUUAAAGUUAAUUCUUCAUUUGUUUAUUUCUUUCUACAUCUAUUAAAUUUUAAUUGUAAUCGUAAUUAUAUUAAAUUUUAAAUGAAAUUAAAAUCAGCAAUAGUAUUCCUAGACUAUUCUCUGAAACCUAGAGUAUUUUAAUUAGAAAGAUAUGCUAUAAAAAAACUAGAAAAACCAGAUGGCUACAAAUUAAUUUAUUUUAAAGAAUUUGAAAAAGCAUAAUAAUUUGCAAGCUAAGUUCAAUAAUUAAUAGAAUUGAAACAAGUUCAACAAUUAUAGUAAAUGAUGAUUUCUGAUAUCAAAUUAAUAAAAGAAAGAAGUGAAAAAGAUGGAGAAAUUAGAGAGAUUAGUGUUGAAUAAUAAUAAUCAUAAAAUGAUGUCGAAAAGAAUAAAUAAGCUGAAAAUACAAUAAUAUCAAAUUGUUAACUAGACAACAUUAAGGUGAAACAAGUUAAUAACUAAUUUUAAAAGUAUGAAAUUAAACAGAAGGAUUCCUACGAUAUUUUGGAUGAUAUUGAUGGGGAACUUAAAUGUUCAUCUCUUAGUAUCGAGAGAUUAGUGAAUUUGGAGAUACUAGAUUUAAAAUUUGAGAAUCUCUUACAUUAUUAUCCAAGAAAUACUUUAAAAAUUAUUCCAAUUUAACCUGAUAAUUUAUACACGCUUUAUUUUGAUGGUGCAAGUAAAUCUAAUCCUGGUCCUGCAGGUGCUGGAGUAGCAUUAUUUGAUAAAAUGCAAUAAAUUAAAGAAAUAACGUAACCUUUAGGAAAGCAAACAAAUAAUGUAGCUGAAUUUUUGGCAUUGUUUCUUGGAAUAAGAUAUACUCUGAACUUAGGAAUUAAUUAUUUAGAAUGUUUUGGGGAUAGUAAACUUAUAAUUGAUGGCAUGAAUAAUAAGAUAAAUUUUAAGCAGCAACAUUUAGAAGACAUAAGAGUAGCAAUCUAUGAUUAUGCAUAAUUAUUUAAAAUGGUUAGAUACACUCAUAUCUCAAGAAAUUAGAAUGAAAUUGCAGAUAAAUUGGCAUCAGCUGCUGCUUUGUAGUCUAAAAAAUAUGAGUUAUGA